CUGGCUUCAGUCCAAUUAUCAAUUCGAAACUAAAAAUGUUUUCAUUACUUCCUCAAAGAAGUAACAACGGCAUAGUGUUAGCUUAGAGAUGUUAGGAGAAGUCAUCAAAUUAUCGAGAUACGGACAAGACUUGAACGUGACUACAGUAUGGGAAACACCUGUAGUACGACUGAAGACCAAUGUGCAAUCAAAAAUAAAGAUUCUUUCAGCGGGAACGAUUUGGGUUUUAUUGCAAUAUCGUUGACCAUAACAUCCCGAGAAUGUUUGGCGUCUUCAGCCUCCAGCUCCUCUACAGGAAGUUUUGUGUCUGUCGAAAUUGGACACGAAGAAAUUGGAUGUAUCACACCUCUCGUUAGAAAAGAAGAGCAAAUGCACCCAGAGCAACAACCGCACAUUUGCAAUCACGUAUCGGCAAUAAAGCAGAACUUUAUUUUUCUGCUUGAGGAAUUGUCAAAUGAAGAAAUUAAAAAUAUUCUUGACAUUUUGUAUCAAGAGCAUGAGAUUACAGAAGAUUUCAUGGAAAGGGUCAACAUAUUAAGCACGAGAAGAGAAAAAGCGAGAAUGCUUCUUCGGCAAUUGUUGCGUUUAAAAGAAUCUGCGUAUGAUGUAUUUUUGGAUGGCCUAGCAACAUCCGAUGAUUGCAACGACUACGUCAUGAAAACACUGCGUGAAUCAACGCAUUCAAUUGCUGUAUGUGCCUGUGCGUUAUCAAAAGAGCAAAUGGUAGACCUUUUGGAAAAGAACAGAAAAGUCCUAAUGGGAGCAAUUGACGAACCAGAAAUGAUCAGUGAUUACUUCACUGUUUUUGAUGAUAAAUCCGAAACUCUUCAGGAAGAUAUUGCUUCCGAGAAACGCAAAAGAGACAAGGUGAAAGAAAUAAUCAAAUUUGUAAAGAAAAGACUUCCAGAAAGAUUUUGCAUUUUUCUAACAGCUUUAAAGGAAAUGGACUACGAUGACGUCUUUGAGAUUAUGAACAAGCCUUGCACAAACCGUCAACAAGGAAGAGAACGUGCGGAUACAGUUGAACAACUCAAUCGGCCAAGCGUUGUCUGCAGUUCGCGUGGGAUAGACCCGUGCCAGUUAACCAACGUACUUAAAGGUUCAGAAGCAACGGACGUACACAUCACGUUUGCGAACGAAAGACUACACAAAAUUAUCGUGCAAAACCAACAGAAAAACAAAUGUGCCAUUAACGUAAAGCUAAUGGAGAAAGGUGUUUUACUGUUGGACAUCAAAGAAGGGUCAAUCAUUUUACGCUUAAAGCGGACCGGUCAACUACCUAGUUCCAUAUAUCAGCAUAUAACAGGCUGGUUACAAACUGUUCUUUGCGACGAAGCACUGCACCCAGAAUAUUGUUCUUCAGGCGAGAGAUUUGAUGCAAAGAUAAUUCCGGUUGAAAUUAGAGAUUCAUUAUCGGAUACGCAUGAUGCUAAUGAUAUAAUUAGAUACAACAAGAGUUUCCUGGCGGAAGAACUAGAUGCAAAUGUGUAUAUCGAAUAUCUCUACAAGAAAGGACAUAUCUCAGAUGAAGAAAAGAUGAGCAUUGUGCGUGUCGAAAACAGGAAAGGAAAAAUGAUGCAAUUACUGACUGUCAUGCUACGCAAGCCUCUAAUUGUAGCAGAGGAUUUUCUAUGUGAAGUUGAACGUAGCUCCGACAACUGUGUUAGACGUCGUCUAAGGCCAGAUAAAAUAGCAAGUACAAUAUAUAUUGCGAAUAACCUGAUGGAUGUCUUUCCUGGGGUCAUCGAAAUUCUCCCCCUUCGUGUUAUGACUCAUGAGUUGAAAGACUGGCCAAUGCCAGAUGAUGUUCAACAGGUUUUGCAAAUGGAAGUACCAAGACGAACAAAGGCUAUGGCCAUUGUUCAGUAUGUUUUGGCAUCGGAUGAGACCAUUCGAUGCCGAUUUGUCCAGAUAUUGCGAGAAAAAGAUCUUGUACCAAACAAAGCCCUUCAACACGCAGAAAACCCUUUACCGAGAGAUUAUACUUUACCUGGGAAAUAUCGAGUCAUCGAACAAAACUGCUUUUCACUCGGUGAAUUUCACGUACACCGUUCCUUGAGCCAUUCCAAAACACGACGCACACUACAAGAAAACAUUGAAAACGAUUCUGACGCCGUACAAGGUCGAUGGUUCGAGUGUUUGACAACAUUUUUCAAAAGAUUUUUUUCGAAAAACCAGCAUGAAGUCCAUCAAAUGAAGAAAUCGUUGAUCCAAGAAAGCACAUUAAGUGUUAAUUCAGGAUACAAAUCGUUUCCAAAUCAUCCAAUGCUAUAACUGGAUAGAAAUACAAGCGCUUCUGGUGGCGCAUCCAACUUUUCAGAAAGACGCACAGACACUCAUAUGAUGUCAGGAAUAAGAAAGUUAAAUUGCGAUUCAGAUGAUUGAUAAUGGUGGUGUAUAGAUGGUGUAUACCCACUGAGUAUGUUUUGUUGAUAAAGCUAUUCGGAUGCAUAUGUAGUCUGUUUGUGUUGUUUGAAAUUUAUGUGUCUCUCGCACAGUGGCCCUUGCCUUCUGCCUAUGAACCGGGUUUAUACUAAAUUGUACGUAUACUAUUUGGUGUAUCCCUGAAAUUUAAUAUUGUUAAAAAUAAGAAGUCUUAGGUCGGAGACCAAUAACAAGUUAAUUAAUUUAAUUGAAUGGAAGUAAAUAAUAACCACUGUAAUUUUGAAUAAAACAUAAUUUAGUAAAUUAGUACACAAUUUUAAUAUGGGGUUAACAUUAACAAAUUAUAUUUUUUGAAACCAGGUUUGUAAUUCGUUCAUGAUCAUCUAAGGACAUGAUGUUUAAACCAAUUUUUGCUGUCAAAUAGCUCUAUAUACCUCACUUUUUUGGUUUAUAACCAAACAUAGAAAAUUUAAACCACUAUAACCCCACCUAUAAUUCCAAUGGAACACGAUGUCAACCGUAUAUAUGCAAAUAAUUGUUUCUUGUUUUGCGUAAUUGUUUCUAAAAUCAUUUUCAUCAAUGCCCAGAUACCCAAGUCAACUUUAUUUGAGAAUCAUUUUCGUGCAGUGCCCAGAUACCCAAGUCAAAUUUAUUUUAUGAUCAUGUUCGUCCAAUGUCCAGAUACACAAGUCAACUUUAUUUUAUAAUCAUGUUCGUCCAAUGUCCAGAUACACAUGUCAACUUUAUUUGAGAAUCAUGUUCGUCCAAUGCACAGAUUCCCAAGUCAAAUUUAUUUUAUAAUAAUGUUCGUCCAAAGUACAGAUGCCCAAGUCAAUUGUAUUUGAGAACCAUGUUCGUCUAAUGGCUAGACACCCAUGUCCAAUUUAUUUGAGAAUUAUGUUUAUCUUUUGUCCACAUACCUAAAUCGCUUUUUACUAAACAUCUUUAUCACAUAUAGUUGUGUAAAUGUAUAUAAGGUAUUGUUCUAACUGUUUUGUAUCUAGCGUAGGUAAAGCUUUGUAAUGACAAUCAGAAAAAGUUAUUGUAUUUAAAUUAAAGAUGGUUUUAAUAUUUAUUAUCUAAAAGGUAUGUAUACAGACCAUCGAUCUAUAAGUGUUGGCUUUUGUCUCUCACCAAUCCAGUUAGUUGAAAGUUUCAUCCAGUAUUCUAAUUUAUUUUUAAUUUCCAAUUCGUAUAAUGACACCACCAAUGAAGACUGAUGUUUAUUUAUUUUCUUUUUUAUGCUUAUGGUCGAAAUACCAUGCUAUUUUCACUGUUGAAUUUUUCACUGAAGUGAAAUUCUGAUAUGUUUACUAUUCUUCAACGGUCUUAUAUAUUUUGGUUUCCGUGUUGCUCAAUAAAAGUAACAUACCGUUUACUUUGCCGAGUGGACAUGUUAGAAACUAACUUACCAAAAUGACGUCACGACGGUUAUGUUUUUCAAGCGAUUUUCAACGCCAAUUCAAUAAAUAUUGUGCUAUUGUUUUGCAAAAUAAACAGAGAAAAUAUGUUUGUUUUAUUUCCGUGUAAGAUCGAAAUUUAUUUCACAAUUAGCAAUUGUUUAACGAGAGGCUGAACCACAAAUGAUUAUAGACCUUAUUGUUAUAACUCGGUAAAAAUAAAUUCCAAUCUAACACGGAAAUAAAGUAUUUACCCUACUUCUAAAAUUUAAGCAUUUUUGAUCAUGAUAUGUUUCCCAAACUUGUUAUAAACCUGUUUUUGUUGUUGUUUUUAUGUGCUGUUUUGUAAGUUUGUGUUAAAUAUUUAAUUUGGA